GUUGAAACUUCAUACUCACUAUAAAUAGAACUGACCCAUACGUAGAAAAUGUGCAAAAACAUCUGUGAGAAAAGAAGAAGAAGAUGAAGGUUCUUCAACUUCCCAUCGUCGACCUCGCCUCUCCUGAUCGCAUCUCUACCGCCUAUUCAAUUCGUCAGGCAUGCUUGGAUUGUGGUUUCUUUUACCUCAUAAAUCAUGGGAUAGAGGAAGAGUUUCUGAUGACAGUGUUUGAUGAGAGCAAAAAAUUCUUCUCACUUCCUGUUGAAGACAAGAUGAAGCUGGCUCGAAAGCAGUACAGAGGUUAUACGCCGCUUUAUGCUGAGAACCUUGAUCCUUCAACAAUUUCUAAAGGUGACUCAAAGGAGAGUUUUUAUAUCGGUAAUUUGGAGAAGAAUACAACUCAUAAUAAUCUGAAUCAAUGGCCUUCAGAAGAAGUAUUGCCAUACUGGAGAUCCACAAUGGAAUCGUACCACGAGAAACUCCUGGCUGCUGGACAAAGCUUAGUAUCUUUACUUGCUCUGGCUUUGAACUUGGAUGAAGACUUCUUUGAGAAACUGGGGGCUUUCAAUCCACCAUCUGCAUUUCUUCGGCUGUUGCACUAUCCAGGCGAACUGGGGUUUUCCAAUGAAGAAAUUUAUGGUGCUUCUGCUCAUUCAGACUAUGGAAUGAUAACUCUUCUAGCAACAGACGGUGUUGGUGGACUUCAGGUUUGCAGGGAAAAAUCUAAGCAACCAAGGGUUUGGGAAGAUGUGCCUCACAUCAAUGGGGCGUUCAUUGUUAAUAUUGGGGACAUGAUGGAGAGGUGGACCAAUUCUUUGUUUCGGUCAACAUUGCACAGAGUGAUGCCAACAGGACGAGAACGCUAUUCUACGGCUUUCUUUUUAGAUCCUAACCCAGACACUAUUGUGGAAUGCUUGAAGAGUUGCUGCAGUGAGUCGUCUCCUCCUAGAUUUCCCCCACUCCGUGCCGGAGAUUAUUACGAGGAGCGGUUCAGUCUUACAUAUGGUUCUAGUGUGGCUUUUAAGUUGUGAACAACUUGAGAAGACAAAGGCUGCAUGGUUCCAGAGAAGAGUUGAAUAUUGGCAAUUCAGCACAGCCAUAUACAACCGAUACUAUCUAUAGAUUCUAUAAUACCGCAAUUAUAGUGAUACUUCCUGUUUUAAAUCUUGAUCAGAACAAACAGCAUUACUGGUGAAUCUGGACCCAUGUAUCUAUGAUAUUCGCACUGAUCUAAGACUUCUUAUCAUGGGUUAAGGUGUCCCAUGUGCGGUGGUAAGGUAAUCGAGCAGCCCAUGCCCUUGCAUCAUUCUCUUCUUCACGCUUGUAUGCUGAUUCUGUCAUCUCUCAACGUCCGGCGGAGGUGCUUCAGUUGGUGGAGUUGGACUACUGUCCUUUUAUCUGUUAGUUUUUAUUCUGUUUGCCAGGGAAAAAAAAAAAAAAAAAAAUCUGGACCCUUUACUACAUUUUUUUUUUUUUUUUUUUGCGGGAUAAAUAAACUCUCUGUUACUUAUUAUAACUACAUAUAGCUUUAUUGGUUUGUGUGUACUAAACUUAGUAUUUCCUCUUUAUACUAUAGCAAAUCCAUGAACCUUAUUGCUU